UGUCGUCUGAGUAAUACGACACCGUCACUUUCAAGUUCAUUUCCACAGUCGCUCUGAGGUACAGUAAUUCCUGUAUGAGAACGCUGCUCUGAUUGGCUGCCCAGCUGCUGCUGUUCAGCGGUGAUAGGAAGCGCAGAGAAGAAGGGCGGGCUGCCAGCACUAUACAAAUAAUAACAAACCUGUACUGGAGUGGGUGUGGGUAGGUGAAGCCCUGACUUGUCAUAUUUACCACUAUUAUAGAGAGAAUACCUAAGGAAGAAAACACACAAAAGAAUGUGGACUGGGAAACCCUUGCGAUAAUGAUCAUACUAUGUUCUCACAGAAGGCUAGGAAGAUCCGAAGACAGUCAGAAAACCACUCUGUGAAAAGUUCUGGAAGAAGAAGCAGGGACAGCAGAAUCACCAAUGGAGAAAAAGCCGAGGCUGUAACACUUUUUGAAGUUGUUUGCAUUGGAAAGGGGGCAAUUCAGUCUGUGGUGAGUGACUGGGUUGAAGUCUAUCAAGAAGACAGGGAUGCAGCAUUGCUCGACCUUCUAAACUUUUAUAUUCAGUGCUCAGGAUGUCAAGGGGUGGUUACUGCAGAAAUGUUUCAGAAUCAAGGGAACCAGGACAUAGUGCAGAGGCUUACAGAGGAGUUUGAUAAAGAAACAGGUUUACAGUUCAAGAAAUUUAUGGCUUUUCCUUGGAUUCUCACUAUUACAUGGCCAAAUAACAUGGAAAAUGGAGACUAUCCACUGUCCAAAUCAGGAAUCUACUGGAAAAAAUUCAGGGCAAAUAUCUGCGAACUCACAGCUGUGCUUGUGCAGAAGUGUCAAUACAAUGCUAUUUAUGAUGGAUAUCUUCUGGACACAGUUAUCUCACUGUUGCUUGGUUUAUCAGACUCGUGCAUCAGGGCAUUCAGACAUACAAGCACUUUAUCGGCCGUGAAGCUGCACACUGCCCUGGUGAGGAUUAUUCUCAACCUUGAAACCAGUAUACACAAUUUACAAAGACUGUACAAUGUGAAACAAACGCGGCUCACAUUGAAAAAGGCCAGCCACAGAAUGGAGCAAAUUGAGAAAAAAAGGAAUGAGCUACAGCAGAAACACAGUGAAAUUAAAAAUAUGUUAGAUGCUUUAUUUAAAGGGACCAUUGUGCAACGUUACAGAGAUGUGGUCUCUGAUAUAAGAGCACUGUGUAUUGAAGAAUUGGGGAUAUGGAUGAAAAUGUACCCUCAAGUCUAUUUGAAUGAUAGCUGCUUGAAAUACAUUGGAUGGAUGCUGUAUGAUAAGGUACCUGAUGUUCGCUUGAAAAGUCUACUUUCUCUUCAAGGGCUUUAUGAGAACAAGGAUUUUGUUGUCAAAAUGGAUCUAUUCAGUACCAGGUUUAAGGAUCGUAUUAUAUCAAUGACUCUAGACAGAGACCAUGAUGUGUCUGUACAAGCAAUGAAACUUCUUGUGUUUAUGUCACAGAAUUGUGAAGAUCUGUUAACAAAAGAGGACUGUGAUCUUCUGUACCAGUGUGUAUACACAGCUUACAGACCCCUGGCUACAGCAGCUGGGGAAUUCCUAUAUAAAAGGCAUCUAAAUCAAGCAGAAGGAGAGGAAAGCAGAGGAACUAGAUGCAAUGCCCAACAGUUAAAGUUUCUUCUAACUUUCUUCUGUGAAAAUAAGCUGCACGAGCAUCUGACAUACCUUGUAGACAGCCUCUGGGACUGCAAUCCUAGGCUUCUGAAAGACUGGCAAUGCAUGUCAUCACUUUUGCUUCAAGACACUCAAGAUGGGGAAGAUGCUUUGAAUGCCAUUCAACAAAGCCUACUGAUUGAACUUCUCUUGGCAAGUGUGCGACAAGCAGUUGAAGUGCAUCCUCCUGUGGGAAGAGGAACAGUACGGAAGAUGCUCUCUGCCAAGGAGAAGAAAGUGCAACUGGAAGAUCAUAUAAAGAUUACUGAGCACUUUGCACAAACCCUCCCCUUGCUUCUAGCUAAGUAUUUAAAAGACCAAAGAAAGGUGGCAAACCUUUUACAGAUACUGCAGUAUUUUAAAUUUGAGGUUUAUUCCACUAAGUGUUUGGAUAAGGACUUGGAGGCUUUGCUAAAUGAGCUGAAACAUGUAGCAUUGACCCACUCAGACCCUGAGGUGCUAGAAGCCUGUUCUAAAGCCUACAUCGGUCUGGGUGAAGAGGACCUAGAAAGCCACGUCAGUGUCAGCCUUGCUAGGAGACAGCUGAUAAAGCAACUUGUGGACACGUUCAGCCAGAUGCUGCAUGAUCUGUUACAGGAGGGAGAAGAGCCUCUGAGUUCACAAGGUGCACACCAGAUGUCCUGCGUUUUACGAAAGCUGGCAGCUUUUCAGAAUGCCCAUGACCCCACGGAAUGGAAUCUGUAUGAGAAAACAUCACAGCUAUUGCUGUAUGAUGUAGAAAACUGCUGUUUUUCUGUUCAGCUGCUAGUGCCGGCUUUCCAGUGCAUGUAUUAUGCCCUUCUCUGGAAUGUGGUGGCUGUAAUGGAAGAGACAAUUUCCAAGGAGGAGCCUGUUCUUUUUAGGGAACAUGUGGCAACUUUUUGGCAGCUCUGCAAACAUUAUCUAAAUCACCAAGAUAGAUCUGUGCAGGAGCAGGCAUUCAUGUCAUUGUGUGACGUACUUCUCUUGCUAAGUCACUACAGAAAUGGAAUAUACUGCUGUAUGGAUUCUGCACUGCAGUCAGAGCUGUUUUCAUUUGUCCACCAUCAUGUCUUUCAAAGCGAUGAAGAAAAACACAAAGGUGUAGGUGGAUCAGAAAAAGACAAAGCAGUGAUCUCGGAAGGUUUGCACAAGAGGCAGAAUCUACUGGCUGCGUACUGCAAACUUAUAGCUAACAAUAUUGUGGAAAUGGCUGCAGCUUCAGAGAUUUACAAGCAGUAUAUAAAGGCCUAUAAUGACUUUGGAGACAUAAUUAAGGAAACCUUAAGUCGAACAAGGCAGAAUGACAAAAUAGAGAGCACAAAAACUCUGAUCCUUUGUUUGGAACAGCUGUUCCAGAAGCACAGAGAAGUACAUGGCAGUGCCACUCUGUCCUCCCCUUCAUUCUUUAACAUAAAGGAGAUGGCCCGGCGCUUUUCUCUAACCUUCGGCAUGGACCAUGUGAAAUGCAGAGAAUCUGUUGUUAUGAUACACAAACAAGGAAUUGAGUUUGCUUUCCGUGAGCCAGCAUUAGAAGAUAAUUUCCCACCACCAAAUCUUGCAUUCUUGAUCCCUAUUAGUGAAUUUUCUGGAAAACUUCUGAAACCUGACAAGAGACUUGUGUAUGGCUAUCUACAGAGGAUUGCUAAUGAGCAAAUGCUACUACGUGAAGGAGUAGAAUGGAACCCACUGGUUUUCUAUACCCAUUCUCUGUUAGAUAAUCUAGAUGAGGAGAGCUCUUUCACAAGCAGCUACUAUUCUAGAGACUUUAAAACAACAUCCAGCCCUACCAAGAGGAAACCAUUUUCUGGACGGAGAGGCAUGCCAGAAGCACUGAAGAUGUAUUAUCCUGUGCAGAGGAGGAAAAGACACUUGAUGCAUGGAGACAAGUUAGAUGAUGGUAUAUCAUUGUACAGCCUUCAGCCUUCUGUGAAACGAUUAUCUAGUCAUGGAGAUGCUGAUGAAGGAAAUGAAGAUGUUGAAGUAGAUGAGGUUUUAGUGACCAAGGAGAUUAUUCUGCAUACGGAGAGUCAAGAUUCCACUGGAUAGAAAUUCUUGUUGAUCUCCGGCACUCAGUCCUUCUGAUAACCUCACCCUUAACAAAAAUAGCCCUGAUCUAAAUACAGAAUGUAGUCCAAUUGCAUUCCUUGUCCGUAUGAGCAACAAAGUGACCUUUAGUUCAUUCCAUUUUAUUCCAUUGGAAUAAAAAAAAGAAAAGAAAAACCUUUCAGCUGGGGCAAUUCUGUAUUUAAAAAGUAUAAGACUAAGUUACGGAAGCUGUAGACAUUACCAGACCUACGCCAAUUGUUAUGGAGCAGUCUGUUCUUGUGCUGCAUUGCUGUUUCCUAGUAUCCAACUAAUUGCAAUGGAAAUUCAAUUGUACGGCUGUAACUCCUGUAUCUGGGCUGCACUGCCCUGUUGUGUUGGCAAAGUUUGCAGUCAUGAAAGCAGUAUUAGUUGAUGUACUUUGUCUCUGGGUAGCACUGUCCCAUUUGCACAGCAUCUGACUGUAAGUCAUACAAGUUGCAUCAUCUGACAACUGCUUUCCAACUGUAUUAUACCUGUAUAUAUCUAAAAUGCAUCCCACCAUUUUAUAAGCUAAUGUUGACUUUAUGUUCUAUUUUUGAGUUAACUGUGUGAUUCAACAGCUUAUGAAUAGUUUGUGCUACAUCAAAUGUACAUUUUUAUAUUUUUUAAUGCACCAUUGUUCCUUACAAAACACAGGAAAAUAAACCUAAUUUUGUUAUGCA